ACACACCAAACCCCCAUUAAUAUAAAACGACUGUUUUUAUAUAGAUAGACAGACGGAGAAAACUUGAAUAAACACACCCUCUCAGCCGUCCUAAAUUCUCUCUUUUUUCUCUCUUCUUUUAGCAGAUACAAUCAAAUGGGUUCUACAGAUCCAAAAACCUUCCUGUUUGAAGACGUAUCUAAGCAUAACAAAACCAAAGAUUGCUGGCUUAUCGUUGAUGGAAAGGUUUAUGAUGUAACCCCAUUUAUGGAGGAUCACCCCGGAGGUGAUGAAGUUUUGUUAGCUGCAACUGGGAAAGAUGCAACCGAUGAUUUUGAGGAUGUGGGCCACAGUGAUGAGGCUAGAGAAAUGAUGGAAAAGUAUUACAUUGGUAAGGUAGACUCGGCAACCGUUCCUAAGAAACGCACGUAUGUUGCACCGACUGACAGGGCCUACAAUCCCGACAAGACUCAAGAUUUUGUUGUUAAGAUUUUACAGUUUCUCGUGCCACUUUUGAUCCUGGGGUUAGCUUUUGUGGUCAGAUCUUACACAAAGGAGAAGUCUGCUUGAGACCUCGCUUGAGGUUUAGAUUGUUUGUGGUGUUGAAAUUAUGUUAUGAAGAAUGUUAAAGUUAGUUUAUGGUGUCUGACUCUGGCUACCAUUUUAAACAUGUCGAGGUUGUCUUUAUUGCGUGAGACUUGUGUUAUUACUUGGAAUCCUUGUUGGUUUUCUGAUGAAUGUGCCAUUAGGACAAGUCUGUCUUUAAUAUUGCAUUGCACUGAAAACCACUUGGGAGCAUUUGGUUCAUUAGAAUUUGGAGGAAUCAAGCGGAAUAAAAUCAUAAGUUUCAUUAA